UGCGUGCCGACGUUUCCGUCUAUCUCGAUUGGUCGACACGCACGCAGCUAGUCUCAGAAGAUGGCGGAUGCGGUGGCUGCAGAUGGAGAGAAACUCAGCAAAAAGUCUGGGCACUGACCUGUCGCAGUAACUGUAGAACUGCCCCAUACCAUGCUGACACUGGUCAGAGUGGCCGGGCGGCAGGUGUGCCAAGCCCUUGGGGUCAAGGCACUGAUGCCAAAGCUUGCUUGCCCCAAUCCAGCAGCCGUUCCUGCGCUAAUUCAGGGACAUCGCUGGCGAGGUGACAAGAGUGAGCUGAAAAGGCGCAUGAAAGCUGAUAAGAAGGCAUCAGAGAAAGAGGCCAAGGUCAAGGAGCAGCUUGACCAGAAGAAGCCCAAUGACAAGCCUGAGCAGAAUGACUAUGGGGCUGAUGAGGAAACUCUGGACCCCAAUCAAUACUUCAAGAUUCGUACACAAGCUAUCCAAGCACUGAAGGGCACGUCGGAGGAUCCCUACCCCCAUAAGUAUCAGGUGGACCUGUCACUCUCAGAGUUUCUUGAGAAGUACAACCACCUAGAGCCAGGGGACCAACUAAAGGAUGUCCUCAGUGUGGCAGGUCGUGUUCAUGCUAAGAGGGCAUCAGGUGCCAAGUUGCUGUUCUAUGACCUACGAGGGGAAGGUGUGAAACUGCAAGUCAUGGCAAAUAACAGGAAUUACAAAUCAGAGGAAGAGUUUGUGCAUAUCAAUAACAAGUUGAGACGAGGUGAUAUUGUUGGAGUUCGUGGUAACCCUGGAAAGACAAAGAAAGGAGAGCUUAGCAUUAUUCCCAUUGAGAUGACCCUUCUGUCCCCAUGUCUACAUAUGCUGCCCCAUCUCCACUUUGGGCUCAAGGACAAGGAAACAAGGUUCCGUCAGCGAUACUUGGAUCUGAUUCUGAAUGACCCUGUUAGGCAAAAGUUUGUGACGCGGGCAAAAAUCAUCACUUACCUGCGUAGUUUCUUGGACCAGCUUGGCUUUUUGGAGAUUGAGACUCCCAUGAUGAACCUCAUCCCUGGUGGGGCAGUUGCACGGCCUUUCGUUACCCACCACAAUGACUUGGACAUGAACCUGUACAUGAGAAUUGCCCCAGAGUUGUACCAUAAGAUGUUGGUGGUUGGCGGUAUUGAUAGAGUGUAUGAGGUUGGCCGGCAGUUCAGGAAUGAAGGCAUCGACCUGACUCACAACCCAGAGUUCACUACAUGCGAAUUCUACAUGGCCUAUGCUGAUUACCAUGACCUCAUGGACAUCACAGAGAAGCUGCUUUCAGGAAUGGUGAAGCACAUCACUGGUGGCUACAAGGUGACCUACCAUCCUGAUGGGCCAGAUGGGCAGGCGUAUGAGAUCGACUUCACCCCGCCCUUCAGAAGGGUCAGUAUGGUGUACGACCUGGAGAAAGCCAUGGGUGUUAAGUUCCCUCCCCCGGACACAUAUGACAGCAAUGAGACUCGUAAGUUCUUCGAUGACCUCUGCACCCAGAAGGGAGUGGAGUGCUCUGCUCCUAGAACCACGGCCCGUCUCUUAGACAAGAUGGUGGGAGACUACUUGGAAGUAACAUGCAUCAAUCCCACUUUCAUCUGUGACCAUCCACAGAUCAUGAGUCCGCUGGCCAAGUGGCACCGAUCGCAGAAAGGACUGACUGAGCGCUUCGAGCUCUUCGUCAUGAAAAAGGAGAUCUGUAAUGCGUACACAGAGUUGAAUGACCCCGUCAGACAGAGGGAACUCUUUGAGCAACAGGCUAUGGCAAAGGCGGAGGGUGACGACGAAUCCAUGUCCAUUGACGAGACGUUCUGCACUGCUCUGGAGUACGGCUUGCCUCCCACGGCAGGCUGGGGAAUGGGCAUUGACCGAGUCACCAUGUUCCUGACUGACUCCAACAAUAUAAAGGAGGUCCUUCUGUUCCCUGCCAUGAAGCCUGAUGACAAUAAGCCUGCCCCAACAGCAGAGGGCACCUCAGUGUAACCCAGAGGAGUUUUUACCUUCACUUGCCAAAGGAAAGACACCGGCAACGGUGUCCAGAUCAGACAUAGGAGAGGAAUUGUAUUGCUACCACAAAUGGCUUUGAUGGGCAUCUAAUGUUAAGUGGGUGUAAAGGCUUAAUGUCCAAGGUGUUUUGGUCUCGGUAUACUUAAGGGAGCUCAUGUGUGUGUUUUUUUUGGCUGUGUCCUGUCUGCAGUAAUGGAGAUAGACAGGACUUCCUGUUGAUUAAGUAGGCCACCUGCUUUUCAGAAUCAUUUCUAGGUGGUGUGGAGGUGGCCACUGAUUUUUUAUUGGUGUCCCUCUGGUUUUACAGUCUGUCUAUUUUUUAAUUAUCAAGUGAAACAAAUACAUCAAUCAUUUACAGACAUGUUGACACAGGAAUUAAAGAAACUUUAAAAGUA